UAAAAAGAUCUGCAUGUCACUGUGGACAUAACAUAGGAUACAAUUCAGAUUUCAUUGGGUCACCACCAGACGACUAGAGAAGUGUCUAAUAGUACAUCAACAGAGACACGUCAGGACAGAUUGACUUUACGGUUUACUAGCUUCCUGGAAAUGGAACGCGUAGAGACGUAAAAGACUGCAAAGUGAGGUCUGGUAAUGGCUGUUAACACCAUAUCAUCUUCUUUGUUGCUAUUGCAACCAAUGAAAACAUUAAGCAAGCACACUGCAAGAACUUUACAACGUCAUUGUAAAUUAAAAACAUCAGCCAGGAAGUGUCUGUUUUCAACCAGUGCAUGGAACCCCCAAGAUGCCUGCCCAUUGGAACAAGUUCCAACUCCUCCAAAGGAAUCAUUAUUUGGGGAUUCAGGACCCGCAGAUGUUCAAUUCAAAGGUCUAGAAACCAGUUUUCCUUGUGUAAGCAGAAUCAAAAGCACUGGGCCAGAGCCUGAAUAUGACAAAGUGACCAAAGGCUACAAGCUGUUCACCACCAACAAAGCCUUCCCCAUGAAGCUGAACAAAGGAGUCCUACCCAAGCUGGAUAUAGCUUACGAGACCUGGGGGACGCUGAACAAUGACAAAAGUAACGCUGUGUUGGUGCUGGCUGGUCUUUCGGCUAGUUCUCAUGCGAGGAGCUCAGUAGAUAACAUGAAGCCAGGAUGGUGGGAGAGGUUUAUAGGACCUGGUUGUGCUGUGGAUACUAGCAAAUUUUUCGUGAUUUGUCCCAAUAACUUAGGAGGAUGUUAUGGCAGUUCUGGGCCUUCUUCAGUUAAUGUUCUAACUGAUAAGCCUUAUGGGACCACAUUCCCAAUCAUUGGGAUCGAAGAUAUGACAAAUGCCAUAUUUCUUCUCUUGGACCAUCUGGAGAUAGACAAGCUACACGGUUCGGUGGGCUCAUCCCUCGGAGGAAUGUUAUCUCUUCAGUCAGCUGUCUCUUACCCUGAGCGCGUAGGCAGACUAAUUACAAUAUCUUCUUGUGCCCAGUCUCACCCGUCCUCUAUUGCCAUGAGAUAUUUGCAGCGUAAGUGCAUCAUGAGUGACCCUAACUGGAACAAUGGACAUUACUACGGCAAGGCUUAUCCUAAAAUUGGCAUGAAACUUGCCAGGGAGAUAGCAACUAUAACCUACAGAAGUGGCCCUGAAUGGGAUGAGAGAUUUGGCCGGGGAAGAAUUAGUGAUGAGCCUCCCUCCCUGUGCCCCACAUUCCUGAUUGAGGCUUACCUGGAGCACCAGGGAGAAAGCUUCAGUACAAAAUAUGACCCAAACUCACUUCUUUACAUGUCCAAGGCAAUGGAUAUGUUUGAUAUAGCUGAAGGAUACAACUCAUUAGAAGAAGGUUUAUCUCGCGUCAAGUGUCCCGUCAUGGUCAUAGGAGUACAGACAGAUGUUCUGUUUCCUAUCUGGCAACAGAGAGAGUUGGCCAGCUUAUUGCAGCGUGCAGGAAAUCCACAAGUAACGUUCUAUGAGCUAAACUCACUGUACGGCCAUGACACAUUCUUACUUGAUUUGAAUGGCGUUGGUGCAGCCAUCAAGGGUUUCCUUGAAACUGAACAGAGAGAGUCAGGACUUGUUUCUCAAAACAAACGAAGGAACAAAGAGAGGAAAUUGUUCUAAUAGAGCUUUGGUUCAAAAAUAUUUCCAAUUUUCAACAUCAUCAAUGAUCAUUUAGCAGGAACUUUGUUUCUAAAUUGUGAAGCUCUUUAAGUACAUUUCCAUUUAUUGUUUCCAUUUUAUGACAUUCAUGACAAACUAGAGUGUGGACUUUUUAAAAAAAAUUGUUUAACAUGGAGUAUGCCAGGGAAAAACUUUUUUUAAUGACUUGUUUCUCAUGUUUGUAUACUUUAUUUUUUUUUUAUCUUUGAAUGACAUGGAACUAUGAGAGAGCAAAAUAAUAAAUAUAUUAUUGAUUAUGAUGUGACAUGAUAUUCUUGCCAUUUAUAAUGUUAUUAAGUGUUAGUGAUAAUGUAAAUAAAGUCCCUGUGCUGCUGUGUACAUUGUAUUAUGAUGCAGCAUUAGUCCUUAAAGCUAAUCUAAUUAAAUCAUUUUACAUUUUAAUCUGCUAGAUCACCAACUUAAUAUCGAGGUUCAUGUUUCUUUAACUUAGUUAUGAACAGUAAUUGAGGAAUUUAACAUAUUUUGAGGGUUUUUUUCUUUAUUUCAGUGUAUUUGGCUUAUGAGUCAGUGCAAUUUUCUACCUGUUUUGAGUUUAAAAUUUUUUUUUUGCUUUCAGUCCAGGAAUAUGAGUGGACCAUCUCUCCACAUUUUCUUUAAACAUUAAUUUAAUGUCCAUCAAUCUAAUGAUUAGUUAGAUAGUGUAUUAAUAUAGUUUAAAAAUAAUUUGCUAAAGUUCUUUUUUGACACCAUUGUAAAACUUUUAAUUUUUAUUUGGAAGGUUAAAAUUUUUACCAUAGUUGUAUCAACUCACUCCAUUUGUCAAGUUAAAAUCUUUUAUUUUAUAUCUCCCACUUCCCAUUCUUGGAUCAAGAUGCAACUUUGCAUAAUUAUUCAUUGUUGAUGACAACACAUGAAUCAAUUAAAAAUUACCAAUUAGUAGUCUGUUUUAUGUGGAAAAUGUACUAAAAUUAUAUCAGUUUUAUUUUUUCAAUUUAACUCAAUAUAAUUGAGGUAAUUAAAAAGUAUUUUUUUUAUAUUUAACUUGUUAAAUUAUUGUGAAAAAACAAAUAGGAAUGUGUUUGACUGAACAUGACUUCUGAUAGUGAUGUUUGAAAUGGCACAAUACAUUUUUUUGACAUUAAGCACUAUAUAAUCAUGCUUCUUUUCUAAAACUGAGAUGCUGUUGUAAUAUACUGUUGUUUUUUAAAGCCUUUCUAUGCUUAUUUAGAUUGUUAUCUUAGUACCCUAUACAUUUUCUUCUAGUGGUUACUCUUAUAACAUUAGCUUCAAUGUUAUCGCUUUUAAGUAUUAUUACAUGUAUCUUGCUAAUUACAUUUGCUGUGAUGGUAGUUUAGUUAAAGAUCCACAAUGACAUUGGUUAUGUCUGCGUUGGGUGCGUCAAAAUAUGUAGGUUGCUGUGUAGCCACGCGAAAUACUGCACUAGUUUUCGGACUCCAAAACAAGCAUUAUAGAUAGUAGUUUAUGUUGAGCUGAGAUUAUACAGAGAAGCAGAAAUCCAAAGCAUAUAGUUCUUAUUGCAAUAGUUAUAGUAUUUAAUAGUAUUUUAUCUAAUGAAGUAUAAGUGAAUGCUGUUUAGUUUAAUUAGUAGAGUAAGAGGAAAUGAGUUUGUGUGAAUCUCAUGUCAAACACUUUCAUACUUUCAUUCAUGAGUAUAAAUUAGUUUACACUAUUCUCUGGGACUUGUACUUUUCUCGCCAUUAUUGUAACUUUUGGGAGAUAGUCAAUCAAAGACAAAUGUGGUUUCUAAGUAUUCCUGUGAUUACAAAUAGUACGCUCAUAUGAUUAAGUAUUAUAUAUCAAUGUAAAGUUUUAAAAGUCUUUUUUUUAUCAGGCCAAAUUUCUAAAAAACAUUUUGUUACCCUUUUUUUUUCCAGAUUAGUUGUUUUUUUUUUAUAUAUAUAUUUAGAUUUAUUGUAUUGUUUAGUCUCAAGUGUGAUCAAAUAUUAUCUGAGACUGACUAUAUAAAAUGGUGUCAAGAGAAAGUAAAAUCAAAAUACAAGUUUGUUGAAAAAUAAUUUCCCUUGCCUUUUUUUGUUUUGUUGACUAUCAGUACGAGGUUAAAAAAAAAAAGCCAAACUUUUGGAAGAAGUCAGAACAUUAUUUUUGUGACAAUUAUUUCAAAGGGGAAAAUCAGCUUUAAGAGAAAUGUGUAAAGUAUUAACUUUAAAUUAUAAAAUUAUAUAAAUUAUAUUCAAGAAACUGAAAUCUAAAUUUUAAAUAACAUGUGACAUUUAUUUAAAUCUGUGUUAUUGAAGAGAAGCUCUUCUCAUUUACAGUAAUGGAACUCUUUCAGUAUCAUUCACUCAUUUUAUUGAAACUAUUUACACUUUUCACUUCACUCAUUUUCAAGCACAAAAAAACUUUCUGUGAUAGGCUCUUUCUUUAUUAUCACUGUCUGCUCAGUAGAGCAUUACAGGAAUUCACUUAAAAAAAAUAAUUUCUGAAUGGAAUUGUACUGGCAGGUCACCUCACAUAAUCAGUACCUGCUAAACUUUCAUGUUCUAUCUUUUUCUUGUUUGUAUAUCAUCUGACAUGAAAUUUAAUUAAGUGUUUUUUUGUUUCAUUUUAAGUGUUUUCCUUAUCACUGUUUCCAACUUCCAAUUAGUUUGUUUAUAUCUCAUAACUCAUUUGUAUUCAAGUCUAUUUUUGUUGAUGCUAAAACUAUUUGCGUGAUAUAAGCAUUAGAACGCAUAUGAUGCAAAAAUCUAGGAGGGUUUGUUUAAGUUAAUUUCAGUGUAGACAAGUGGUUGGCAUACAUAAGGCCUGGCAGAACAUUUUUUCACAGUCCAUGGACAAAUGCAAAUAUUAAAAUAAUUUUUAAAAUGUAACUUUAAUUGUAAUUUGUCAGCUUGGAAUAAAUAAAAAAUUAUGAAUUUGAAAUUAAAUUGCAUUUUAGAGACUAUAACUAUAAAUAUGUAUGCUGCCCCUCCCUCAACCCAGAAAUAUGUCUUGUGGCACUCCAUAGAAAACGUUUGCCUACCUCUGGUGUUGAUUUACUGUUCAUGAGAAUUCAGUACCCAAAAGCUCUUAAAAUUAUUGUAUCAGCUCAGCUGUGUAUUGGAUAACAUUCUUACUCUUUAAUCUUUCCUUGCAAAAAAAAAUGUGUUUAUCAUGUUCCUAGAUCUCCAGAUACUAUAAGUGAUCAUACUUAAGUUUGUUGCCACAGGAGUCUUGAGCUUGAAACAAUAACACUUUGAGUUUUGAAAAAUUCAGAUAUCAAACACUAAAUUGUAAGUGAGCUGAAUGAUGUUUGGUCUUUUACUUGUUAUAAUAAUCCAGUGCCAUUAAGUUUGAAUGUGAUAUGAAUUGCUACAGAAUUUUAUCUGUACUACAUGUUGAAUAACGUGACUUAUAUGUUUUGGAGAUUUGAAGUACAUAUGUCUGAAGUAAUUUCACUGUAUGGUUGAGUAUUGGAUUUUACUGAAUUUUCACUAAGUGAUUUGAGUUUUUAGAACAUAAUUUGAAGGUACAUUUUAAACUUGUUUACAGUAAAAUAUUAUUAGAAAAUAAAGUUGUGUGUAUGUUAAAAAUUAUUUUUUUUU